GUAAAUGUCCGAAGAAUUAAAUUCAAGUCUUGAUUCCCUUGAAUUAGAUUUAUACCACAAACCUAAUCCUAGAAUUAGAAUGAUACUUAAUUACCUCAGAUCCUAAAAUAUCAAAUUUUGUACAGACCCAAAGAAGAAAGAAGAAGACUACUAUUUUAAAGAGACUUCACCAGACAUCAAUCCUGAUCUUGAUUUUGGUAUGAGAAGAAAUAGAUUUUUAAAAAGAGGUCCACAACGAAAUGGAAUCACUUUCGUUUCAAAUACAUCUUGAU